UAUUGCCCGCCAAAUAUGAUAAGUUUUCUAUUGGUGGACUUUACUAUUUUAUGUAGGGAUUCAGAUUAAUGAUGGCGAAAGGUGAUGAAAUAUUCUCGUUGACACCUAUCCCAUCAAAAGCUUCCAGUAGCCUAUCGCUAUCGCUAAGGAAAACUAAGAGGUUACAGGGAAGAAACGGAUAUCUCAGUGAAAAGGAGCUUACUCUUGACGCAAAUGACAACCAAUUUGUUCCACCUAAAUUACCAACUGGUAUAGAACCAAAUGAGUCAAUGGUGGCAAUUCCAUCCUCAAUUAUGAAGACAAUCCGUGUGAAAAGUAUCGAUGAAUUGAAAAAUCAAGUCCCAUCAUCCCUUGAAGGGGUGAAAGAGGGUGAGGGUCCACCAAAUAUAAUUAUCGACACAAUUAACAUCUCCUCGGAAGAUGAAGACAUAUUCCAGCCAAUUAAGAAAAGCGUGAAAAAAAUACGCCGCCAAUCUUCAACUGCUUCGAAUGCCACUCCACAAACUCCCAUUCGUAAAUCAAAAAGACGAAUUAAAGGAGAUGAAGUAAAGGUAGAAAAAAUAUCAACUACUCGGAAACUUACAAAGAGCACCAACCUCAAGACUUUUUCGGCUAAGCACAUGCCAGCUAGUCAACAGUCUAUACACAAAUAUUUUAAGACAAUUGAUCAGUCAGAAAAUAUUGGAUAUUUUGAUACAUUCAAAGAAUCUUCUCUUCAAGAAAGCCCUGCUCGUAGGAGACUUCGACCGAAGAAUCUAAACAGUAAAUUUAUUAACACAGAUGAAGUAAAAUCAGAAUUGAAGUCAACAUCCCUGGUGGAUAAGGAAACCGCAGAAAAUAUUCCCAAGCUCCUUGAGUACCUUGAAACUUUGUCGCACACAUUAUCGAGUGAAAGACAAUCAUCAACUUCUUCAAAACAAAACGCAACGCAAUCCAAGGAACAAAAUCCUACUAAUGCACUAAUAAACUUGGCUGGAACUUCCAAAACGUAUAAUAUUCCCGAAAUUGAACCUGCGAUAAAAGAGAAUAUAAUUCCGCAGACAGUCUCCCGUACAGCUUCUCAGAAUACAUCUCUUUUCGAUUCUGAAUCAACAGGUCCUAGUCCAAUGAUUAGAAAUGUUGGACGCGUUCGAAAACGUCUUCCAUUCACUACGAGUGAAAGCACAACGUCCACAGCUGCAAAAUCCAAAGAUGCUGAAUGUGUUAUAGAUUUAUGUAGUUAUGAAAUUCCUGAGAAAAAAGCUCUGAAAAACAAUGGUCAAAUAGUCUCCCCUGCAAUUACAAGUGGUACACAUAGACGGAAAAACGGCAAGACAAGCCCAAUAAAAAAAGCGAAGCGGAAAAAGGGCGAAUGCCCUUCCUACAAAGUUGUGGAAAAUACAACAUUUGCGGUGGACGCAUUCCGUUAUGGAGAAAUUGAAGGUGUUACACAUUAUUUUCUAACCCACUUCCAUGCAGACCAUUAUAUUGGGUUGUCAAAGAAGUUCACGAAACCCGUCUUUUUAUCGGCAAUAAGUGCGAGACUGGUAACAACAUUUCUACGCACAAAACCGGAAUAUCUCCACAUCAUUGAUAUUGGGAAGCCGAUAACUAUCAACGAUAUCGAAGUCAUAGCUACGGAUGCCAAUCAUUGUCCCGGCGCUCUGAUGUUUAUAUUCAAAUUCAAAAGCGGCCUUUGCACUCUACACACAGGCGAUUUUCGCGCGUCACCUCAAAUGGAAGAAGGCCCAGUAUUUUGGAAUAAUCACAUCCAAACCAUUUAUCUAGACACAACCUACCUAUCAAGCAAAUAUGUUUUCAAAUCACAAAGUGAAAGCAUUUUCGAAGCGAAAUGUGCUAUCGAUGACUUUCAAGAAAAGCAUAUUGGUGAAAAAAUACUUUAUAUUUUUGGAUCUUAUGUGAUUGGCAAAGAAAGAAUGUGGACAAGUAUAGCCGAAAAAUAUAAAUUUAAGGUCUGGACUGAUGAAAAUAGAAGGAAGGCGCUGGAAGCCAUAGGAAACCAGGAAUCUUUGCAAUUUUUGGUCAAUAAUCCACGUGGUGCUGAUAUGCAUAUUCUAUCAAUUGGGAAUCUGUCUUACCAAUAUCUCAGAGAAUAUUUAGAUCAAUUUUCUGAGUUCAACAUGAUAUUUGCGAUCCGAGCAAGCGGUUGGGAAAAAAAAUCGAAACCUCAGUACCGUGGACAAAUUAACAUAGUUGGCAUUGAAUAUUCCGAACAUUCGAGCUACGACGAACUUCGUCGGUUUGUGCGUUUUCUGCAACCUUCUAAAAUCAUUAGUACAGUACCAUCAGGAAGUGACAUCAGUCAAACUAGUAAAAUACCACGAAGUUGGUACAAAAAUGAGUUGAGGAUAUGGCAAAAAGGAUAUCAAAGGUCUAUAACAAAUUUCAUACAGAUCAACGAUUCACGCAAAGAAUUGCCAUCAAGUACAUCACGCGAGAUAAAGGAAAUAGAUGAAGCUAAACAAUAUGAUAGCGACGAUGAUUUGGGUGUCUUGGAUGCCACGUUAACAACAAACGUGACAUCCAAACAAAAGAAUAAAGAUUUAGCAGAAACCAUUAGUGAUUGGAUGGAAUGAAUAUAAACAGCGUUUACAAGCUAUCUAUUCAGUGAUAUCCGAGAAUGACAACAUGUAUUUUAAUUGUCGCAUGCAUAGAUAUUGACAUUGAAAAAAAAAUUGGUGCCUAUAAUAAGAUUAAGGCUAUUUGUAUGUACGAAAUGUGAUAUGUGUGUGUUUGAAUUUAUUAGAAAUUUUAUACUGCAGUUAAGAGGAAAAGUAAUAAAUUUACUAUU